AUGAGCGGCCCAAUCCACGAAACCAGCUCCGAAAAACUGCCGGUCCCUCGUCAAGUCGCCGUGGCGGUCGCUUACCGAUUGGUGACCGCUGACAAUGGACCCUCUCGGGUCGAAUAUCUCCUCGUGUCGUCUCGUAAACAUCUUGGCUCGUGGGUCCUUCCCAAAGGCGGCGUUGAAGAGGAAGAGCUCUCUGAUCAUGGUCUUGCAGCUCUGAGAGAGGCUUGGGAGGAAGGAGGAAUACGCGGCAAACUGGUUAACCAACUGCACAGAUCAGCGGAUCCGAAAUCCCAUCCAGCCGUUCAGAAGUUAAAGAUCUUUAUCCCGAGGGCAGAGUACAGUUUCUGGUUAGUCAAGGUUGACCAGGGUCUAUCGAGCUCCUGGCCAGAAGAACACGAACGAGAGCGCAAAUGGGUUGCACGCGAGCAAGCUAUCGAGCUCGUUCGCUGGCGACAAGAUGGGGCUGUCGAUGCUUUGCUGAAGGUCGAUGAACCUCUCCUGCUUGUCCAUGGCACCGAACCCCAGUAG